AUGGAGACUCUUGAUGCCAGCUACGCGUUGUUAAGCGACGCUAUGGCUCGAAGCCGUGAGCUUCAGGCGAGGUUACGCAGUAGUUUGCCACUGCUAUGGACGCACAACGCGCUGGUAAUGAAGAGCACCGCACGACCGAGAAGGCGACGAGCUUUGGCUGAACCAUCGGCGGAUGGUGAAGCGGAUCAAACGCUUUUCGCUGUCGGAGAGCAGUCGAGUCAACAGGCAAGCCGUCGAUAUACGCGCCGUAUAGAGUGGGAAGUGGCAAGACGCAUUGCGCGAGUUGACCGAGAGCUGCAGCAGUAUCCUCCAGCGCAGCGAUUUUGGAACCAGAAGACGAGGGAAUUAGCAUCUACUCGCUCUUCAUCACACAGGAAACCCGUCAAGCACGAUAAAACGAUGAAAUCAGUGGGGACUAGUCAGAAUAUGAAAACUAGGAAUACCGCCAAUAUCAUUAUCAAUCACGAGAAAAAAGCUUGGGUGAAGCCGACGAUGAAAGUGGAUGCCGCUACUGAAGUACAGUGCGUGUUGAAACAUAUUGGUACAAGCCCAAUCCAUGGUGACAUUAUAAAGAGUAAGACCAUAGAGAACGCGAAACCGAAUGCGGCGAUCAAAACACAGCCUGAACAACAAAUUGGCGUGAAUGCUACAAAGAAGGAAAUUUUGCUAAACGAAGACGUUGUGAUGACGCCGACUGUGGAGGAGACGACUAGAAAAUCUACAGAAGUGGUCAAGCUACAGGAGAAUCAAUCUACUCCGGAUAAAUCUAUAAUAGAAUCAAGCUUUAAAGAUUCUGAAGGUGAUGAAGGUGAUCGUGAAAAAGAAUUUGAUUUAACAAAUGGCCUUCGCGCGGAAACUUCCAACAAUGGGGAAGACGGUUCAUCUAUCAUUAAAGAAAACAUAGUUAUUCAAAACGAGAAAGCAACAGAGAAGGUCCCAUCAUCAUCCAUCGGAAGACAAGUAAAAUUGUCAGACUUUCGCACCUUACCAUCAGAGCCGACUAGCGCGCAGACACGACAUCGUGAAAGAUCGGGAGAUUCAGCAAAAAAGUAUUUAAGUGCAGAUGUGUUACGACGACUUUUUAGCGACUUAGAUAGCGACAAAGAUGGUCACGUGAAUCGUAUCGAAACAUGUAUGGCUCUGCAUCGUCUGCAAAUUCGUGUUUCAACCGCUAGAAUUAUAUCAUUCUUCCACAACAUCCAUAAGAUUAAUGGAAAAUGUAUGCAAAGUCAUCGAACGCAACACCUACCAAUGAACGAGCUGAUCAACUAUAAAGAGUUUGUUGCAUUUAUCACUGCUGCCUUUGACCAGCAGCAUCAGCGAGAAUUACAACGAGCGCAGCAUGAAGUGAAAAUGGUGUCUCCAGCGCUUUUCGGACCAUCCAAAUCUCCAUCCUUGCCCAAAUACACAGAUCCAAAGACAUCGUGCAAAAAAGUAAACAUACCCCCAGUCCUGAAACGAGAGGACUAUUAUCGAGUUUAUGAGGUGAAGGACGAAGAAUUUGAACAGAAGGAAGAAGCUGGAAAAAGAAUGUUUGAAAAAAUUCCAGACUUUUUAAUCAACCGGAUACUUGCGGACAGUUAUCAAGAAGUCAGCCUGAAAGCUGAGGAAAAGGCUGUAUUUAAAGUACGAAACAGCCGAGAAUCCCUUAUCGAGCAGAAAGCAGCUGAUGAAAAAGUCAUUACUGAAAUCACUCAGGAGUUGAUCAAAGAGCAACUACUAAACAGCACGAUAUUAACACAGGAAGCGCCUGAUGACGUUACUGGCUUGAAAAGAGCUGCAGCUUAUUCAAAGCAUGAAAUGAUGCAAGAAGAGUCUGAUUGGUAUGGAGGUGUCAUGGCAAACACUGAGAAUAUUGAUAAGUGGAUCGACGUGGUAAUUGAAGAGCAAGUAUCCAGCGUGGUGCAUAAACUCUGCAGAGACAAACAAGUUAACGCGCAUAAUUCGCUGGCACCUAUCGAAGAUGCAAACGUAACGAUACCCAAAAGUCAUUUUGCGAGAUGGAUAGAUAAAGCAACAGAAACUAACGAGCUUUCGGCUUCUGCGGUAUUAAUUGAAAAAGCUGUGCAAGCCUUUGACGAAAGAAUUGAAGAGAAUUCUGGAACUGCUCAUGAGAAUAUUGAUACAGCUAGUCAAAAGAACGUACCAAUUUCUGACCCUUUGACGCACUUUGGUAGAUUCAUAAAUGAAUUUACCAGUCGUUCUACUCACGACAACAAGUCCUCUGUUAUGUUACGGCCGAUCACUUCAAUUACAAUUCUGCAGCAACUUCGUCAACAGAGGCAUCAGAAUACUUACAAUGAGCAAAAAGUACAAUCAUUUGUAAGCGCACCAUGCAAAAAAGCUUCUAAACCGAAUGUUUUAGCUCGGAGUGGAAUGAAAAGCGGCAUUGAUAAUAUUAACGCAAUAAGCCUUGCUGAAGACCUAAACAACAGUCUAUCCGGCGAUGCAGAAGAUGUUUGUGAACUAGUCAAUGAAACCGGACGGCAAAAUUUAGCUGUAUCGAUAACAAAGGAUUCCGUACCGCUCGAUACGAUACUUAUGGACCCGAUGAAUGAAGUGGACGCUGCAAGUAGUAAAAGCAGCCAUUACAAUAUUUCAGUGAGUAGCGAUAUUUCAAGUAUCUCCUCCGACGAUGAAUCGGAAAGUGGAAUAUAUAAGGUAAUUAAUAGUCAUCUUCAGACCAGCGCGCGAUCCGUUUGCUACCAGCGGCUGAAUCUCGGCCACAUCGAUCGGUCUGUUUCGGAAAGCAACGAUAUUGAUUCCAUUUGCAGUGUAAAGCUAUCGGAAGGUGAGCUCUCAACGAUACAAAGUUUGGGCUUAAGUGAUGGCGAGAUAUUGGGCAAGUGGAAAAGGAUAUGUUGUAAGCGCAUAAAUACAAUGGAUAGCCAAGAAGAGAGCAGCCAAAACAGCUCCGUUGAAUCUGGAGAGCUUCCAGCACUGAUAAAAAUCGAUGCAAAUUAUCGCGGUGCUCGAUCUUCUUCCUCCUCGGUUGAGUCCGGCGAGCUCGAAGAUGGCGCUUUUGAUGAUUUUUCAUCAUGA